GGAAAAAUGAAGGUUAAAACUGAGACUGCGCAUGAUACUUUGAUGAUCAAUACUUGGACCUAUAUCAAUUUCAAGAGAGACUGCAAUUCAUUGUGUUAUUUGGUCCAGUUUAAUUUGAGAAACAUUGAUAUACAGAAUGGUGUCACCAGAUCAUGUUUGUUAUAGAAAACAUAAAAUUCUCAAUGAAGAAUUGGAUUCUGAAGAAACAAUUGAGGAUAUAUCGGAGUCUGUGGAUGAUCUUAGAGAGCGUCUAGCAAAUGUUAAAAGAAUGAUGAAAGAACAAAGUGGAUAUACACUUGGAGAUAUUUCAGCUAAAAAAGAAAAAAUAAGAACUGAUGUUAUUGAUGGAAAUUUUUUGUCUCUUAUUUUUGGUGGAGUAUUUGUGGUUGUUAUAAGUGCAAGUGCUUGGGCAUUUUAUAAUCUUUAUCAUGCUGUUUUAAAAAAAUUUCCAUCGCAACAUACAGAAUUAUAAUUUUAUUUUUAUAUUAAUGUUUUUUGUAAUUUUAUGCAUUUAUAACGUUUUUUUAGAAUCUUGUAAUUAUGUAUCGAAUUAAUAUUUAUAUUCUUAACUACUUAUAUAUUUUCUCUGUAUGUGAAUUAUCAA